UGUCUGCCACGCGAGGCGCACUCGGAACCCACACAGGGCGUUGCGCUGACGCCUGGACGCUCACGUAUAUAAACAAACGCCCACGAGGCACAAAGCUCGCGGUUCAGAAUCACCACAUUCACAUUCAUCAUGUCUUCUCGAACAGUGCUCGCUCUCAAUGCGUCGGCGUUCGUCUGCUCGUCGGCGCUGGUCGGCCUCGCGAUCGCCGCUAUAGUCCUCGCGAGCGAUGCGUACGAUGCCUUCACGUGGGCGUUUCCGCAGGGCUCGUAUGGAUGGCAGCCGUCCCAUUGGUUUGGGGACGGCAGGACGGGGUUCAACAUCUGGAUUGGGUACGACCGGUCGUCAGAGAUCAAGACGUACUUUGCCGCGACGUUUGCGCUGAUCGUGGGAUUGCUCGGGACGCUCGUGUUUGGGCUGUCGUUCAAGCCCCCAACCGCACCGUUGCUAAUCAAGUCGCUAACCGCGGGCGCGGCGCUGGCGUUUAUCGUCGCGACUACCUGCGCGGUAUGGUCCGCGGUAGCCGAAGUCGAGAUCAAGGAGUCUACGUGCUGGUUCGAGCCUGCGAUUGCGGAUCAUCAGUACUCGUGCUCGAUUGAGAACGCAGCAUGCAACGCAAUGCGCUUCACCGAUGAGGUGAAUUCGUGGCAGAAGCCGCACUCGGCAGAGCAGAAUUAUGAGGUCUUGGAUAAGGCCUGCUUGCAGUUCCGCCAUGCGCGUUUCAUGGUGAUUCCGCUUGCGGUUUUCUCGCUGCUGCUCGCGGGGUUGUAUGCAGCUCUUGUUUGGCUCGGGCCAAGGAAGAGCGCCGAGAAUGGGGCGGACGCGAGAGUGAGGGCUUUGCAGCAGGACGACUAGGCUCUGGG